GCUUCCCUUCUCCGUAUCGAACAAAAAGAAGGGGGGGAGGAAGACGAAGAUGUCAUGGCUGGCGAGGUCUUUCGUGAGUUCGCUGAGCUCCGAUAAUGGCGACGGCGACGAUGAGGAGAAGAGAAAGGAGAAGUCUGAUAGAUCGUCCCGAGCGUCGCCGUCCAAAGAAGCGGAAUCCGACGAGGACCGCCCCAUGGAGCCCGGAACCCCGACGAAGGGCGUGAAAGAGGACCUCUCCGAGCUCACCAAAACCCUAACCCGCCAAUUCUGGGGCGUAGCCUCCUUCCUUGCCCCGCCGCCGGCUUCGCCGAACCCCAACCCUCCGGAUACGGAUUCCUCGCCCUCCGAUCGUGGCCGGAGUUCCGAUUCCUCCGAUCCGGCGGCCUCCGAGUACUCUGGUGAGGCUGCGGCAGCGGAGUCGCCAAGAAUCGCUGGAAUCCGGAGCGAUUUCGCCGAGAUCAGCGGGAAGUUCAGGAGCGGGAUCUCGUUGCUGUCUUCUACCAAAGCAGUGUCGGAGAUCUCCAAGAUUGCGUCUACUUUUCUGCCGUUUGGAGCUGAGGAUGAAGAGGAGCAGGGAGAGGACGAGGAGGAAGAGAAUUUGGAGGUCGGCGCUGUGGGUAUCACUGAGGAGGUCUUGGCAUUUGCGAGGAAUAUCUCGAUGCAUCCGGAGACGUGGUUGGAUUUCCCAUUGUUUCAUGAUGACGAGGGUUCUGAUGAUUUUGAAAUGUCAGAUGCUCAACAAGAACAUGCAUUGGCCAUUGAACGCCUUGCACCCAGAUUAGCUGCUUUGAGGAUCGAGCUUUGCCCAAGUCAUAUGAAUGAAGGGUGCUUUUGGAAAAUCUAUUUUGUACUUCUGCAUUCGAGACUCAAUAAACAUGAUGCUGAACUUUUGUCAACACCUCAGAUCAUGGAAGCCAGAGCAAUGUUGUUACAGGAUCUACAGAAUCGGACUAAGCCUGGACCUGAGAGGUCCGGAAGGGAGACAUCAUAUAAGAAAGAAGAUGCCACUUCAGUUCCAAUUGAAGACAAUGUCAUAGGACCAUCAAAAAUAAUCAGCGAAACUGCACCAUCCAAAGCACCCUUAUUUGGAGAAACCACUUCCGAUCCCUUGGCAGAUGUCGAGACUGAAAAGCACCCUGUUCAAACAACUGAGGUGAAAAUUGUUGACAAGUCUGUCAUUGAAGAACAGCCACCUGUGCAAGGUAAGACGAAGGAUUUGCCUUGUGAGACAUCAAAAGUCUCUUUUGAGAAGGAUGAGGAGGAUGGUGAUGACUGGUUGGAAGAGGAUACUGGUGAAAUGGGCGGCACAGGAGGUGCUGCUACCAUCCCAUUAGGACAUGAGGAAGAUGUAUCAUUCAGUGAUCUGGAGGAUGAUGAUGAUCGAGGCAUUCUAUCAAGCUCCAAGACCCUGGAUGCAAAUGAUUCUCAAACUAAAGACUCUACAGGUUGGGUUCAGCUAGGCUCUCGGGGCUCUUCAAAGAGUGAUCGCUCCACUAGCCUGCAAACCAAGGAAUCCAAUGAUUGGCUAGAUGUUGAAGAUAUUGAUGUGGAAUAAUGGAUUGUCGUAUCUUUGGAGUAUGUGUUGUCAGGUAUGGGCUUCUAUGGCUAUUAAAUCUCCAUGUUUUAUUUAUUAUUGUGUCGUAAUGUGGUUAUGACCGACGUUCUGUAUAUAAAGGCCGUUAUGGGGUAUUGUGGAUCUUUCCGCUGCAAAUUGCAUAUAGUUUUCAGUCUCUCUCAUGUUUCUUUUGUCAUAAUUGGUGAUCUCAUUUAGUUCAAAUAAAAUGUAGGUUCAUAUCGAUCU